AUUGCAUUUUUUCACCGCCUUUCUAUUUGACCCUCAGAUUGAUCGUUAUGAAGAAUGACAGUGAAACAGUGGAUAAACUUUCAUCAUCACCCAAAUUUGCAAAGACAGCCCGAGAGUGGAUCCUUGCUUCAGCAUUAUACGAUGGAAUCGAAGAUGAGGACAUAAGACAAAUUGAGAUGCUAGUCUCGGAGAGAGGUGCCAACCCAAAUGUUCUACUACCCGAGUACGGGAUCUCUCCGUUUCACCUAGUGGUGGCUAAUGAGAGCACGACAUUUGCUGUAAGAGCCACGGACCUUUGCCUUCAACAUGGUGCGGACCCUAAUGUCAGAUCAGAAGACGGGUUGACACCAGUCCAUCUGGCAGCUAUGUGGGGAUGUGUGGAAGUGUUACAUCUGCUAUUGGCUAGCGGAGGCAACCCUUGGCUAGUGGACGACCUCGGACUAAACGCCUUCCACUACGCAAUACAAGAGAAACAACACAAGUGCUACCAACUGCUCAAAACUCUAUGUAACUCUCAGCCUAAACAGUCCGGAUGUCAAAAGUCACCGUACCAUUUGAAUCUCAAGCGAGUAAUUCUCUACAAAAAUGAUCUACAGAUUGUGUACGAAGCUUCACCUUCAAGCGCUCAGAAAUCUACGUCAACUCAGACCUCACCCAAUGCUCCAAGACAGGCUUCAAUUGAGGGAAUCACAAAUGGUCUGAAAGAAAAGAACUGCUCUUCCAAAACAGAGUUCGUUGAAAAAGAUGGAAUUUUCCAACAUCAUGAUUCACCUGUUACCUCAAAGCUCAAAUCAAUAAUUGAAACUCACAGAAGAAACUCGACACUUUUUGAAUAUUCACCUUCCAAUGAGAGAAAAAGCAGUUUGAGCAGCGGAGUGGACUCAUGGAAGUGUACGGAUCAAAGUGACGUAGUCAUGACCUGUUAUUCUGAACUGGUCAGUAAAUUGAACGAAAGCAACAGAAUAAGACAAUCACUAAAAGAGAGUGAUGGUAAUGACUUGUUGAAAAAAAUAACCCAACGUAAAGUUCCAUGUGCAACUCCUAAACCUUAUACAGCUCCACCUCGGACUUCUAACUCCACUUGCGACUCAUCUUUCUGUGACAAAUCCAACCAGUACGAUGUGCCCCAAAAUGAAAUAGCUUUUGUACAGGAUAGUACGAAAGCAAACUCUACUUUGGAUGAUGGAAAUUCUCAGUUGAACGAGUCUUCUCCUAGUAUAGGAUUCAUACUAGACAACUUAAGUGAUUUGUGCAAUCAAGACAACAGUUUGUUUUCUGACAUUGCUUCCGACAUUGACGCAUUCACAACUCCUGUACAAAAUGAUGUAGAGAACAUGACGGAAGAUGAAGUGAUUGUUAUAAGUUCAACUGAGAAUACUUUAAAUGACUCGGUUUACCCUUUUGUAUCCUGUGAAAACACGGCGGCAAGAGAAUCAAACGAAGAGUUUGUUACCUGUAGAAAUUCAGAGUCUUUUUUAGAGGGAAUCAAAAACAAACAGGAACCACCAGCAAUUGUGGAUGCCUUAAACAAUUAUUUUGAAAAAAAUCCGAGAUCUUCGACAAAUUCAGAAGUGUUUAAAACAAGCACACCAGAGAAACCAGCUCGUGGAAGCAAAGAAAACACCUUCCUAUCAGCGUUGGAUGAUCCGAACACUGGUGGUGGAAAGUGUGACGGAGCCGUGGCUAGGAAGCUAUCCUGGGUGGAGGCUCAAGUUGUCUCUUCCGAUGAGGAACCUUACAUCAGUAUAUCUGAGGAGUAUGAGUACACUGACUUAGACGAGGGAGUUGUUCUUAUAGAGAAACGCUACUUGACUAAAGACAUCAGUAUGUCAGCUUCAGGACCUGAUGGUAAAGGUGCAAGAGAAAGCUCUAGUAGUGAGUGUGAAUCGGUGUCGACACUGUCAGGGUCGGAAGGAGCGUACGAGACGGAUGACUUGCGGCGAGCCCUCGUGCAGCAUGGGUUUGUCCCUGGACCAAUCACAGGCAACACAAAGCGUGUGUAUCUGCGCAAGCUCAAGCGUUGCCGACGCAAGCCUCAGUCACAACCUUCAGCUGACUCUAGUCUACCAGCGUUCAGCACUGAGCUGCUCAAGACAUUGGCUCAGCCGUGCGAACACUUGCUGGCCGAGUGGUCUCACCUCGAGGAUUCCAUGACUGCCUCCUUCACCUGUGCUCGACGUCCGUGGCGUGAAGGACAAGCAAAGACAUCAUUCACCUACCUACUACUAGAUCCUCGGGUCUCACACAACCUGCCUGCCCGUGCGGCCACUGACCCUACCCUCACACACACACUCUGGGGAGAGUUCCUGCGUAGCGUGUUCUACGUGGGGAAGGGGAAGAGAUCUCGUCCAUACUCUCAUCUGUACCAAGCAGUGGCUGCAUGGCAGCAGAAGGAGUACAAGGGCUCUUGUAAAAAGAUUCAACGAAUCUUAGACAUUUGGAGGUCCGGAGAUGGUGUGAUCUGUCUUCAUAUCUUCUUGAACGUAAUUCGUGUAGAGGCCUUCACCCGUGAAGCUGCUAUGAUCUGUGCCUUGACGCUCCCACAGCUCACCAACGAACAGGUUGGGAAGUUCUACGGUUCAGCCGCAAGUUGGAAUGAGAGACUCAAACGUCGGCUUGGCUGUGUUUUGUUGCAUCGAGCGUUUAAAGUUUUCUUGGCGGAAGGCGAGAGACAACUUCGACCAGCUGAUAUAGACUAAGACUUUAUUAGAACCUAAGGCGUUCAUCUUUUACUACCAUUAGUUUUUACAGUAAAAUAAGGAGAAGAAGUUAUCUAAAAAAAUGUGAACAGCCAUGAUGUUUUUGCAAAUUGGAAAUAUAGAGAAGCUUACAAUUUUUAGAGGUGAAACAAACUACACCUACACAUUCAUAAAAACGUUUUAGGAAUACGAAUGGUGACACCAUGAGGAAUAUUACCUAAUUCUUCGUCUGGUUUUCCUAACUAUGAAACAUACUAGUUUCUAUACUUUUUUGGAUAAUUUUAGUUGAAAUAUAGGCUAUGCAAUUUGAUGGGUGCAUUUUCAGUUUUGGUUCCCAUCGGUUUUGUGUGAUUUAAAGUGUUUUUUAUAACCUGUAUGCCUCAUAUCUGUUGGUAUAUAAAUAUAAAGUUAAGUGGUCUCCACCCAGAAACAGAUAAUUACAUUAUCAAACCUUGACAAAAUUGAAAUAUUUGUAAAGCUUUUCUACUUACGACACCUAUUAAAAAUUAAGUGUUUUUAGUAACUAGUAAACAUAAAAUUGUAGCCCUAUAGCGUUUAAUAGAUGUCAAACAUUCUACUGAAUAAUUAUAGUCAAAAGAUUUAAUCUCCGCUCAGUAUUAUGUUGAACUAUUGAAUAGUUUUUAAGACUGAUAUCAAACUAUGAAAAUAGUUUAACUGUCUCUUAGUUUAAAGUUAGGAUUUUUUAGUGUGCUAACAAGACAUGGAUGCCAUACAGAAAAUUAAUCGAUGAAAAUUGAGGUGAAUUUGUUAAGCUAGAGGAAUUAAUUAAAGGUUCUUAGUUCUCUAGUUGAGUGAAAAUUUAAAAACGUACGUUUUCAUGUCCCUGGCCUUUUACUUCGUAGAUACUGGAUUUGUAGUUUAUUAUUAUGUAAUUUAAUAUUUUUUGGGACGGGGGCAACAUGUUACACACAUUUAUUUGGUUUUAAAUAGGUUCUAGGUAUUUUUUUCGUAUUUUUAAAGUCUCGAAAUUCACGACCAUGACGUGUCCCUAGGGUACAUUUUCCAAUUUUCACGCUGUUUUUAGACUAAUUAUUCAUGCCGAAAUAUAUAAAGCCAUAUUUUAAAGUCAUCAAUGGUUAUUAAACUUACAAAAAAGGAGCAUAUUAUAAUUUUAUUGUCAUUGCAAACUGACUACCAUGACAAAAUAAGUCUGUCCCUCGAUUUGGCGUCACGACCAUUUGGGAAAAAUUUUCAACUUUGGAGCACGACAGUGGCAAGCCUGGCGUCGAUGGAGUCAGUUGGUUUUAGAGACUAGUUCGGGGUGUACGUCAGGAUUGUAGUGCCGGUCGUUUCGAUAUGAAAGGAGGAAUUACAAGAUUAAUAAAGGAAAGAUUGUGUUUUUUGUAAUUUUGGUGUGUCCAUGACCGUACGUAGUCAUUCGAUGAAGUAGACAUGGUGUUAAUUUUUGUUUAUAAGAUAUUUCAAUUGCUAGAUUAACCUAGAAGUCCACUUUGUAUCCUCGAACAUGAGGUGCAGGGCUACCGCCAGAACAGAGCCAAAUAACAUGUAAUUUCACGACCAAAGUUUCACGACCAUCGCAGGUUUUUUCACGACCAAUCCAGCCUUAUGGAUUAUAGUGUGUUUGGUCGUGACAAUAACUUUAAUAUAAUUGUAAUUUGAACAGUUUAGUUCAAUUGAAACACAUAUUUUUAUUAUAACUAACAGUAUAAUUGAAGGAUUGUUUAGAAAUAUUUAGAUUAUUUCAGAAAAUUCACGACCGUACCGCUUGUCCCUGACCACCACGUUUAUGAUUUCUAUCAUAAAAAUUUCAAAAAUUAAAAUAUCGUCAUAUUUCAAUGUUUUAUACACAAAAGAAGCACACCUCUAUACAAACAUAACGAUUUUUCGGGUCUCAGGUAAGUUUUUUCGGAGUUAUACAAACUUAAAAAGAUUUUAUUGGCUUUUUUUCAAUUUUUUGAGUUUUUUUAUUUUUUCUAGAAAGACCAAAUAUACCAAAAGCUCAGUGACCUUUUUAUUGUAUAAUGGUCAUAAAAGUAAAUUAGUUUAUAGCAAAACAUAGUUAUAAAAAUAAUAUUAACUAUUUUUAAUAUUCAUUUAAGCGUCUGUUAUGGUCGUGACAGGAUUUUGUGUUUUUCCACUAAAGAUGCUCUAUUAAAAAAAAACUACCAACGAUAUUGCGUUACCAUGGACAUUUUAUGAAACUUCAAAUGUUAAUGAAAUAAAAAUAAUAAUAAAAGUUUUGAAAAAAAGGGAAAAAAAUUUGCAAAGUGCUUUUCCUGAAAACGUACGUUUUUAAAUUUUCACUCAGUUGCAUUUUAAAAGAAAUUGCUAAGUACUUUCCUCUUUAGUUUUCUUCCUUUAUGGUCUUGACUCUGUAUAGUUUACUAUAUACAUUUGAACUAAGAGCACAGUAACUGUUAUUUGCUCAUUCAUUACCUUUGAUAGCUACUUAAAUGCUAUAGAUAUAUUUAUAUAUAAAAAAGACGUAUUAUAUUUAUAUUGUUGAGAUUUCAGAUUCUUUAUAUCUGAGUUAUAUUCUGUAAGUAUUUGUGACCAAAGACAUCUUUCAAAUACA